AUGAAUUCACUCAAAGCAGUGUCUUCGACUGGAGGAUGCUGCGCCGAUGGCGCUGGUGGGAAAUUGUGGUCUCCAUCACACAUAAACUGCAAUCUACGAAUUCCGAACUUUACGCAAACAGGACCGAAGGACUACUAUUCUAUCGAGCCUUUGGUUCAGACUAAACAUAAGCUCUCGAGGUGUUGGGUUGCCUUCCCAUUGAAGUCCUCGCUUGUUAUUGAAGCAAAUUUUAUUAGCGAUGGGCAUGAUGGUGUUCCUCAUCAAGUGUUGUGCUCUAGGGAGUUUCGGAUUCGAGCUCUAGAGCUAAAGAAAGGAUUCGGUAAACUGUUCCUAUGUGGAGGCUGGUUUGGGUCAGAUAAAAAGCCUUUCGAACCACUAAAGAUAUCACGUGGGUUUUUGUUAUUAUACAACUGUUGUGGUAUUGAUUGUGAUGGUAUUGGCACAGAUGACAUGCACGAGCAAGACUUGAAUCUGGAAACAACAGAGGUUAUUAUUAGCUAUGAAUUAGUAUGA